AUGAUCGCCAUGAGUUGGAUACAGCAAAACUUGGGACUAGAUGUUACGGGUGAGAUGGCACAGCAGUUGUCACUUAACGUUGGUGGGGUCUUGUACCUAACUCGACGUGAAACCUUUCGCAAGCUCCGUGACCACCAGUUAUUCGGUCCAAUGUUCAGUGGUACGGGGAGACAAGGUGAGGACGGUUCAUUCAUUAUUGAUCGCGAUGGGUUGACAUUCCGCUAUGUUUUGAACUUCCUUCGGUCCGGCACCCUUAACUUACCAGAGGGGUUUGAUGAGUGGGACCAACUGCUCGAUGACGUCCGGUACUAUCAGCUACCAGAGAUGGAAGAGGCCAUAUUGGGGUGCUUUGAAUAUCAGCGCUGUGUGUUCCGGCGCACUCUUCCACAGGCUGUUUUUGUGCGUUGGCACUCUGCUGGCAACACUAAUAGCGGAGUUAUCAUCGAACCUCAGCUCCCUGCGUUGGAGCCCGUCGAGGGCUCGCAAGAGGUGCGCUACCAGGGAAAGGUGUUGACUACGAUUGACGAAUUAAUCACUAUAUUGCUUUCAGCAUACGGCUACAUCAUUCAACAUUGGAAUGAACAGGAGGGUAGACUACACCUAAGUCUCGGACCAUCGUAG